CUUCCCCUGGACCGGAGGUUUAAAGAAUCGCUGCAGGCUAGCAAAGCACCCUGGGCUGGUGAGGACUGCAGAGCCCAGCAGUGCCGGAAGGAGGUGGCAGCUCUCUUGUGAGAAAUCCUGAAGAUGGCCAAGGAUGAUUCCACUGUCCGUUGCUUCCAGGGCCUGCUGAUUUUUGGAAAUGUGAUUGUUGGUAUGUGUGGCAUCGCCCUGACUGCAGAGUGCAUCUUCUUUGUAUCUGAUCAACACAGCCUCUACCCCCUGCUGGAAGCCACCAACAAUGAUGACAUCUAUGGAGCUGCCUGGAUCGGCAUGUUUGUGGGCAUCUGCCUCUUCUGCCUCUCCGUCCUAGGCAUUGUGGGCAUCGUGAAGUCCAACAGAAAAAUUCUUCUGGCAUAUUUCAUUCUGAUGUUUAUAGUAUAUGGUUUUGAAGUCGCAUCUUGCAUCACAGCAGCUACGCAACGAGACUUUUUCACACCCAACCUCUUCCUGAAGCAGAUGCUGGUGAGGUACCAAAACAACAGCCCUCCAAGCAACGAUGACCAGUGGAAAAACAAUGGAGUCACCAAAACCUGGGACAGGCUCAUGCUCCAGGAUCACUGCUGUGGCGUAAAUGGUCCAUCAGACUGGCAGAAAUACACAUCCGCCUUCCGGACUGAAAACAAUGAUGCUGACUAUCCCUGGCCUCGGCAGUGCUGUGUCAUGAACACCCUUAAAGAGCCUCUCAACCUGGAGGCUUGCAAACUAGGAGUGCCUGGUUAUUAUCACGAUCAGGGUUGCUAUGAACUCAUCUCUGGACCAAUGAACCGACAGGCCUGGGGGGUUGCCUGGUUUGGAUUUGCCAUUCUCUGCUGGACUUUUUGGGUUCUCCUGGGUACCAUGUUCUACUGGAGCCGAAUUGAAUAUUGAGCAUAAAGUGUCACCACCAUACCUCCUUCCUCGGGUGACUCUGGACCUGGUGCUGGAACCCGUUUUCUCCCAAUAGUCCACAUUCGAGCUUCAGUAUAACCUGUGCACGUCUAAUCUCACAUUGCCAAGUCAGCUGAUAUGAAGAGCCUUUGGACUCUCAGGAUCUUGCAGUUCUCAGGGCUAGUAUUUUAAGUCUUUGUCUAAGAUUAUGCAACAUUUUUAUGCACUGUAAGACAGAGAGGAUUUGGAAGGUGGAGACUAGCCUCUCUCAUCCCUGUUUAUUUUUAAUUUGGAGCAUAAAAAUAUUCAAAGAAACUAUAUUGUCACAGUAAGCCAGCUCUGUAUUUGAUUAACAAAUCUGCCUCUAUUUCCCCUUGUUUUCUUAAAAAAAAAAAAAAGCUUUCAGGCUUCCAUUUAUCUCAGUAUUGUCUGGAUGAGAGAAGGAAGAAAAAGAUUGCUGAACUGUGUCUUUUGCCUUUUGAUCCACGGACCUGUGAGUCUCUUGAUAAAACUUUGGGAUCCUUUUAUUUUCCAGAGCAAUCCAUGAUCUUUAGUUAAUGAUGGUUGAAAUUCCCUGUCAUGCCCUUUAGAGUGAUACGCUUAGUAACAUCAAUUCUCCAUUAAUUAAAAGUAUGUGGACUUUGAGGACAUCGAAGGGGCCUGAUAUAUGUUGACUCAGUCUUUAACCUGAACAGUCUCAACUUGAAACACCUUUCCAAUAGGUGAGAUGAAGGCUGGCUAGUAGAACAAGGUGAUUUAUAGGGAUUUUUGUUUGCUGUCAAAAUAUUUCUCUUCUGAAUUGUUUCAUUUGCAGUCCUAAAGGAAGUUCCUAUAACUCAACAUCAGUUUGCCUGAUCUUAUAAAUAAAGAGGGUUUUAAAAGUUG